AUGGACUCAGUAGGCUCACGUAGAAAGAAAUCAAUGAAACAAUACGAACUAUUUAUCAAGGCUUUGAACCUAUCAAGCAAGACAACUAUAUCUCCUUAUUGUCAUCUCCAAUGGAAAACUGAAGAUCAACCAUAUAUGGAUGCAGACUCAACUGAAGUAAUACCAAAAACCCGAGACCCAGCAUGAAAGAAAAGCCUUAUUAUCAACUGGGAUGGAGAAACUCUGGACACAUGAAAUAUUCAAGUACUUUCUGGGACUGAGCUUAUUGGAAGUGUUGAAUGCUCAUCUAGGACUCUGCUAUCAAGACACCCAUUUAUUGCAUAUUUAGCAAAAAAUAACCAAAAUCAAAUCACAGGAACCAUUUUAAUCCACUCAGAAGAAGUCAAAGAUAUCGAUAAAAAACUUACUUUAGUAUUAGCAGGACAUGAUAUUGAGAAGAAAGAUAUUUUUGGAAAAAGCGAUCCUUAUUUAAUUUUUUAUCGUCUAUUAGAUGAUGGGAAUUGGUAUGAAUGCUAUAGGACUGAAAAAAUUAUGGGAACAACUGAGCCGAAUUGAAAGCCAAUUGAAACAAAUGUUCAUAAUUUAUGCAACGGAGAGCUUGAUAGGGCAAUAAAAAUUGAAUGCUAUGACUGGGAUAGAAUUGGCAAAGAUGAAUAUAUUGCAAGUGCCACUGUUACUCUAACUGACUUAUGUGUAAAUGGAAGCACAUUCGAAUUAAUAAAUUCAGAUAAAAAGGGGAGAGAGGAUUAUAUAAACUCAGGAAAAAUUGAAAUGAUUUCAGCAUUGUCUGAGAAAAAUUAUACAUUUCAGGAGUAUUUGAUGAUGGGAACGAAAAUAAAUAUUAUGGUUGGGAUUGAUUUUACGUUUUCUAAUGGAGAUCACACUCUAUUAAGCUCACUCCAUUAUGCUAAUACAGCAACAAAAAAUGAAUAUCAAAGAGCUAUAGAGAGUCUGCAAGAAGUGCUUGAAAAAAAUAUAGAAAGUCCAACGUAUGAGGCAUAUGGAUUUGGAGGAAUUCCUGAUUGACUUGAGUCAAAGCAAGUUAAUCACUGCUUUGCUUUGAAUAAAAAUGAAGACAACCCAUCUGUUAGCAGCUUCGCUGAUAUAGUUCAAAAGUACUUAGACGGAUUGCUUAACAUCAAACUCUCAGGUCCUUCCUAUUUUCAUGGUAUUUUGCAAAAGGCAGUCGAUAAAGCUAAGCCUAUCAUUGAUGGUAAAUUAUAUACAAUUUUGAUUUUGGUCACUGAUGGAGAUAUUGAUGAUUUGCCACAAACUGUAGAAUUGCUUCAGGAAGCUUCAAAGUAUCCGAUCAGUGUGAUUGUUGUGGGAGUUGGAGAAGCUGAUUUUUCUAAUAUGAACAGCCUUGAUUCAGAUACAGGGCUUUUAAGAGCUAAUAAACAAUCAGAUCCAACUAUGAGAGAUCUAGUUCAAUUUGUGCCUUAUAGACAGCUUAUGUCGACUCCUCAAUUAUUAUCAGAUAAAAUACUGGAGGAGCUGCCAGAACAGUUUGAGACUUAUAUGAGGAAUGCAGGAAUUAAGCCAGAAUUCACUCCAGAGGCAUUGAUUAGGUCGUUGACAAUUAAGCAUUUGAAUAGCUUAGGAAAAUCCUUAUUAAGUUAA